GACUGCGUAUAAACUUGAAAGUGCAUGCAUGUCUUUCAGAACGGUACGAAAAUUUACGAUAUCUAGACAUAUACAUGUAUAUCUACAUGUAUAUAUAUAGAUGAAACAAAAAUGAUUUUUGUAUUAAUUUUUGUCGGAUUGUUAUGUGGCAUUACAGGAUACACAAGUACCGGCUGCUAUGAUGGAUGGCUCGCGUUUGAUGGAUCGUGCUAUUACUUUGGAACUAACGCCGUUCAUUUCACAGAAGCCGAGCAUUUCUGUAGACAACAUAAUGGUGGGCAUCUUAUACAUGUAGAUAGUAAACAAGAAAAUGACUUCAUCAAAAGCAGGUUACGGAUGUUUAAACCAUAUUCCUGGUGGAUGGGUUUAACAGAUGAGCUAAUUGAAGGCACAUGGAAAUGGUUUGAUAACGGACAAACUGCCAACUUUACAGAUUGGCAUCCAGGUGAACCUAAUGGCGGGUCGGCCGAGGAAUGUGCCGUCUUUUACAUAGGGUUUGACUUUGCAUGGGUAGACACACCUUGCCUCCUCAACAAUUACCCAAUCUGUGAACUUCCGGGAGUGAGCACCGAGACGGAAAUAGUGGGAUGAUAAAAAAACUGUAAUUUUGAAAAACAAUUUCGUUUUAGUAAUGAAUAACAAUUGUUAUGUAAAUAAAAUAAAAUGAAUAAAUACA